UCGCACUGGCCUGGUGGAAAAGAAGAAGAUGAUGAGACGGUGAAAGGAGCAGGAAAAAGGCAGUUGUUAAAAGGAGGAAAGCGCAAACAGAUGCACUAAAGAAGAUAGAGGCAGAGAGAGACAAUGUGUGUGUCGGUGUAUCAAUGGCAGUGAAAAAUCCAAAUAAAGCGUUUUUUAAUUAAGAAAAUAUACAGAAAGAAUUAAUUCCAGCAUUCUUUUCCAUACCAAAAUACCAAAACAAAGGACCUACCUCUUUCACCAAACCAUGAUGUAGCUGAUUUUCGCUUAUAAGUAGGCUUAUUAUAAGCGCGACAGAAGAAAACAAAAAACCCCAAAAUAUCGUCAGCGAAAAAAAGAAAAAAAAGAAACAAAAAAAUAAAAAAACUUUGGAUAAAUAAGGCUCCUAGAAGAUCUUAGAAAUAGAAGAACAAGUUCAGUGUUCUUUUCCAUCUCAUCACCCUUUGACUUACCUUGCAAGAACCAGAAUGUCGAUGGAAUCUGGAGAAGAGCAACUUGGGCGUUGGCUCAAUCGGCAAGUUCGCGUAGAAGUUUCCGAUCAACGAAAGUUUUAUGGAAGAUUUUUGUGUACCGAUCAUGAGGGAACAGCAAUCUUAUCCGACACCACAGAAGAUUCCAACGGUUUAACUCGAGCUUUGGGUUUGGUCGUGAUCCCUGGUAAGCAUAUCAAAUCCUUUUCUAUUCGACUUUAGUUUUGUCUGCAACUAUUGAUAUCCAACGGCUCUCAGUUGGGCAGAAUUAAAAUUUAUCGAAAAACAAGGAAAAUGUCCUCUAAUUCCCUAAAGGUUUGAGCCAAGCUUCUUUUCCCAAGCUCAGUCGGUUCCCUAUGAACUUUUGGUAGACUCUCAGAAGGACUUCGAUGCAAUACUUGUAUGCAAUGAUUAUAUAAAGAAAAGAAUCUUUCUCCUUUUUCCCAGAAUAUUCCAAUGCAUUCCCAUAUUCCCUACUAACCCUGCCUUUUUCAAAAGAAAAAAGGGUGUUUCUUGCCUCUACCUAGCUACAUUGCCUGGACCCCAAUUUUAUUAUCCAAAAAGAGACUGCUCGUCUUUUUAGAUAUACACCAUGAAUGAAUAGCUCCUAAUUGAACCAGCACCGUCUAUAAUCAAGCAUCAAGUCUUCAGGAUUCCAGGUCUGCGCACUCUUACUUCUUGUGACGGAAUAUUUGGUGAUCAAAAGUGUUUAUGCUUCUUUCUAAUAAUUCUAAUUCUCUCUCUCUUUCUUUCCAUAAUUUACUUAUUUCUUCCAACAUUCCUAUUUAACGAUGUUCAUUUUUAUUCUCGUUAAAUCAUACAUCGCCUGAAUAUGCGUAGACGAGUUUAUUUCAUGCCAAAGAAACGCAGCCUACCUAUAACGAUUUCUUUCUAGUUUUUUUUUCAUUUCUAUUUUUUAACUUUUACUUUUUCAACAUGUUUUUGUUUUGACGUCACAAAUGAGAGACACUCCUCCCCCUAUAUGCGUUGGUCUCCAGCAUACUUCUUCCAUCCACUUUCUUAAGUGCGCGUGUUUACAAGAUCGAUA